AAAACAAACUAUGUAUAUAAUCUAAGAACUUCAGGAUCUCUAUCUAGUAAAGCUUGCGAAAAAAGCUUUGCCAAAUGCCAGCUGUUUCUGAAAAACUAUUAGUUUAUACUCUGAUCAGUCACUACUGGAGCCAUGAGUUACCGGGUCAGCGAGGAAAAACUUGAAGAAUACUACCAGGUAUCCCUGGAACUGGUCAGAAAGUGCGGUCCGCUUUUCUUGGCGGGUUUCCAGAAACCGAAAACCGAAUACGAAGUCAAGACAGCAUUCUAUGACUUGGUCACCGUGUACGACAAGAAAAUAGAAGCCACUCUUACAGAUGGUAUUCUAAAGGCCUUCCCGGAAUCCAAAAUAAUAGGGGAAGAAGCUAUGGCAAACGCCAAGACCCAGGUCGAGUUGACGGAUGCCCCCACGUGGAUCAUAGAUCCCAUUGAUGGCACCAACAACUACGUGCAAAAGAUUCCCCAUUGCUGUAUUUCCGUGGGUUUGACCAUAAACAAAAAGCUGGUGCUGGGGAUUGUUUAUAAUCCACCUGCAAAUGAGUUGUAUUCAGCUUGGCAAGGUCACGGAGCUUUUUUAAAUGGGCAACCCAUUGAGGUUUCUAACGCUAAAAAGGUGAACCAAGCAGUGGUGGGCUAUGAGAUCUCCCUAAUCGUGGUGCCCAAGGGGCGGGACAAGAACGUGAAGCGUCUCUACAAGCUGGCCUCGAAUGCCACAGGCACUCGCAGCUUUGGAAGUGCAGCUCUCACGCUCUGCUACAUAGCCGCCGGCAGAUGUGACGCCUAUCAUGUGGAGAAUCUUAAGCCCUGGGACCUGGCUGGCGGUGCGGUAAUCCUCAGGGAAGCCGGCGGCAGUGUUUACAACACCAGCGGAGAGAGAUUCGAUGUGAUGAAACCCGAUUGUGUGUGCACCAGCUCUGAAGAAUUGGCCAAAGAUGUAAUCGAAUUAAUAGAAGCAGCUGACCAAAUUACUGGCUAUACUUUUAAAUAAAAAUUGUAUAAAGCAUUAGAGAUAUUUAUGAAGGCUAAACAACAUAUUCAAUAGGUUGGAAGUUAUGGAAAUAUGAAACGAUUCAAAUAUUGUUAGAUAUAUUUCCUAAUCCCACUUAGACAUAAAGGCAAAGUUCAAAGAUAAUAAGAC